AUGGAAAUACAUGUGAUCAACCAAACAGAUUUGCAAAUUUCAAGGUUUUUCACCAUACCCAUUUUCUUACAGAGGUUCCUCUUCCUACUGCUGAUCGCAGCAGUGGUGGUUUCCUCCCAAGAAUACCCAUCGCCACCCGCCCCCACACCAGCCCCAACAGAUGACAACACAAUCGGCUCCUUGGGAGUGCAGCUGAUCACCCAAUUCCUAACCGGCGACUUCGUCAAGAGAAAAAUCCAGCUCCUCUUCGACAUCAUAGAUCUAAAGGCCAGACUGAUAUACGCCAUAACCUCCUUCUGCACCACAGACAACCUGAUAGCCCUCAAGAGGUUCCUGGACUGGGUAUGCAGGUUCGCCACCUUCCUCAACCAAUUCCUCCCAACGAUGCCCGAGGAGAACCCAAAGACGGCCUUACUAGGCCUCGUCCUGAACAUGUUCAACAACUUCGUAUCGCCUCCACCGACAGAGGCUCCAACUUUGUACCUCCCACAGCAAGUCGAUAACACACCACCGCCUCUGGUGUAUUCACCACCUCCCUAUUACGAAUCGGUACAAGUGAACGACAUCAACAACAACUACAACCAAUCUGAGGCUGCUCCCGAGCUGUCUUCUAACGUGAAGAGGUCCCUGGAGCCCCAGCAGGAGGUGGAGGCCAAGCAGGAUGAGCCCAAACUGAGCGACCUGAGCGAGGACGAGAUAAGGAAGAUGCUGAAGAACAAAGAUGGCGUUUUCACACUCAGCAAGCUCAUUUCUUCGGCCAAACGAUAGGUUGGUGGAUGGGAGUUUAGAGUGUACCUAGUGAAAAUCAUCUAUUUGUUUGUCAUGGAUUUAAUGAGACUUCUAGGAAGU